AUUGGUGAAUGGCCCACUGUUUCUGGGGGCAUAACAGUCAGCUUAGACAUCAAAGACCAAGCGACGCCGUUUAGAGAGAAGUCCGACAGCCCGCCGGGAAGUAAAGCAAUAAGUACCCUCGUACUGAGUGAAAUACCCACUACCGUAUCGGGACGAGAAGAGAGAAAAAAGAGCGGGAAAAGGGAAUUAGAGGCUCGGAAGGAACUUUCGUAGGAGAACCAGUGGACCCGAGGAUUACGUUUCUGCCGGAAAAUCUGUACAAGGGACCGGAAAAAGAUUGUAUUUGGAAAGAGGGUUUAUCAGAAAUAAGAAGAAAAGCAACAUGGAUUUGAAUUUGGAGCCAGAGGAAAAUGUGAGUUUUGGUGCCGGGGAUACGGAAAGGGUUGAGGUGCAAGAAAAUUUUGAGAGUGUAGUGAAAGUGCUGGGUCGUGUGGAGAAAUUGUUGGGUGGUGGGGGAGAAGGAGAGGAAGUGAGCGACGGGGUGGAAGAGGGUAAAGAAGAAAUGGGGAGUGAUAAAGGAGAGGGAGAGGGUGAUUUGGGUGGAAAGGGGGAGGAGAAGGAAAGGAUGGAAGAGGGUAAAGAAGAAAUGGGGAGUGAUGAAGAAGAGGGUGAGGGUGAUUUGGGUGGAAAGGGGGAGGGGAAGGAAACUGGGCCGAGUGAUCUGGAGGAAAUAGAGAAGGUUAAGGAUGGUGCAUUGAACAGGAGAGCAUCGAGGAGAAAGUCUUGUCAGUUAGCGAAAGAGAAGAUUUUGAGGUUGAAUGAGGAUUCUGACGCGUGGGAAGAUGUGGAAAUACCGAGGAGGGGUCCGAAGAGGAAGAGGAAGGGAGUGAAAAGUGAGGAUGAUGGUGGUGAGACGGCGGGGGAAGAGAAAAAUGAGAAGGAGGAAAGUCCAAAAAAGAGGAGGGGGAGGAGAAAAGUUUCGAGAGAUGGGCCAGAGGAGGGAGUUGAAGAGGACAAGAAUGAGGGGCGAAUUGGAAAAACUCGGGAAGGAAGAUAUGCACUUAGAACUAAUAGGGAUAAACAGGACCAUGUGGCAAAGCCCAAGGGUAGGAAAAAGCUUGAGGAAAAUGGGAAGGAGGGCGAGUCUACCAUGUGCCACCAGUGCCAGAGGAAUGAUAAAGGGAGAGUUGUACGCUGCACCAAGUGUACCACUAAGCGAUAUUGUGUCCCUUGCAUGACAAGAUGGUAUCCUCAGAUGCUAGAAGAGGGUUUUGCUGAAGCUUGCCCAGUUUGUCGUAAGAACUGCAAUUGCAAGAAAUGCAUGCGGUUGGAUGGCCCAAUUAGGCACUUGAAGAAUUUGACAUUGGAAUUUAGUGAUGAAGAAAAAAUUAGGUACUCCAAAUACAUGCUGCUACUGCUUCUGCCAUUCUUAAAACAAUUUCAUGCAGAACAAUUGGCUGAGAAGGAGAUGGAGGCUAAGAUACAAGGGCUACCAAUUUCAGAAAUAAAGCCACAGCGAUCAAACUGCCAAGCGAAUGAACGAAUAUACUGUGAUAAUUGUAAAACUUCUAUUGCUGAUUUUCAUCGAAGCUGCCCAAGUUGUUCCUUUGACCUGUGCCUAAUCUGCUGUCAAGAGCUCCGGGAGGGACGUUUGCAAGGAGGUGAUAAGGAAGUGGCCAUGCAAUUUGUAGAUUAUGGUCUAGAUUACUUGCAUGGUGGAGAUCCAAUUAACAAAGAACCUGCUUGUGAAAUGGUUGAAAUCUGAAUGGAGAUCUAGAGAAAGGGGUAUAAUUCCAUGUCCUCCUCGGUGGCUGGGGGGUUGUGGUGAAGGAAUACUAAAACUGAACUGCAUCUUUCCAGAUAAUUGGGUCUCUGAGUUAUUGCUGAAAGCAGAAGAGUUAGCCAGGACUCAUGACCUUCAGGACUUGCCUAAAAAUUUUGAGCAGAAGUGCUCAUGUUUGAAGUUCAUGGGUGAGAAUGCAAUUGACAGUGAUAAAUUACGUAAGUCAGCCUCUCGAAAAGACUCAGAGGACAAUUUUUUGUACUGUCCUACGGCUAAAGAUCUUCAGCAUGACGAUUUGAAGCAUUUUCAAUGGCAUUGGUCCAAGGGCGAGCCUGUGAUUGUUAGUGAUGUGCUGGAAACUACCCUGGGUUUGAGCUGGGAACCCAUGGUUAUGUGGCGUGCUUUUCGUCAAAUAACGAACAAUAGACAUGAGCAACUACUUGAUGUAACUGCAAUAAAUUGCUUGGAUUGGUGUCAGGUUGACAUUAAUGUUCACCAGUUUUUCAAAGGGUAUUCAAAGGGUCGGUUUGAUAGUUGCGGUUGGCCUCAGAUUCUUAAGUUGAAAGACUGGCCUCCAUCUAACUUGUUUGAGGAGCGAUUGCCUCGUCAUGGUGCUGAGUUCAUCAAUUGCUUGCCCUUCAAAGAGUAUACACAUCCUCGCAGUGGGUAUCUGAACCUUGCUGUUAAAUUACCAGCAAAGUGUCUGAAGCCAGAUAUGGGGCCAAAGACAUAUAUCGCCUACGGAGUUGCUCAGGAAUUGGGACGGGGAGAUUCUGUAACGAAAUUACACUGUGAUAUGUCUGAUGCGGUGAAUGUGUUGACACAUGCAGAGGCAGUCAACCUCAAACCUGAGCAGCUUUUAACCAUAAAAGAACUGCAAAACCAGCAUGCCGCCCAGGAUAAAAGGGAACUGUAUGGAAAUAAGCACAUAUUAAAUGGAAUGGAACAAAAGCAGCAAAGCAGUGAAAAUGAAAUGUCCAGAUUGAAUAAGAAAGCAUUUUCACAGGCUCUAGAAUCUAAUUUGAAGAAUGAAACUGAUGAACUGAUGGAUUCUCAUUUGGCAAAUGGAAAUACACUAUACGAGAAAUCUGAUGAAAAAGCAACCAUGGAUACUCUGAUGUUGGAACAGAAGGGUGGUGUUGUAGGGACACAGUUGGGUCUCUGCAUGGGACAUAAUAAAGCAGAUACCACUACAUGUAAUGUAAAAUCCAGUCUCCCAGUGGAAACGGUGAGAAAUAACGACUCUGACGUAUCAAGUCAUGAUCAACAGAAUUUUUUGGAAGCUCCCAAAACAGGUGAAGAAGGUGAUAAAGGAAAGUAUAGCAAAGUGGAAAGUAGUAGUACUUCAGUUUCUGAUAUUAUGUCAGAAAGUCUUGGGGAACCUGAAGGUGGUGCUCUCUGGGAUAUUUUUAGGAGGCAAGACGUACCAAAGCUGGAGGAAUAUGUGAGGAUGCACUUCAAAGAAUUCCGGCAUAUCUAUGGUAAUCAAUUGUCGCAGGUCGUCCACCCUAUUCAUGAUCAAACUGUUUACUUGACAAUGGAGCAUAAAAGGAGACUUAAGGAGGAACAUGGAAUUGAACCAUGGACUUUUAUCCAGAAACUAGGUGAUGCCGUCUUUAUACCUGCUGGUUGUCCCCAUCAAGUUAGAAAUUUGAAGUCUUGCAUAAAGGUAGCACUUGACUUUGUCUCACCUGAAAAUGUACAAGAGUGUGUUCGGUUGACAGAGGAAUUCCGUGUUCUUCCACAAAAUCACAGGUCUAAGGAAGACAAGUUAGAGGUGAAGAAAAUGACUCUUCAUGCAAUUGGACAAGCUGUGGAGGAUUUGGAGAAAGUUUCCAGGCUCAACUAGAACUGGGGACCAAGAGUUGUUGAUACCUUUUGCCGAUAGAUAGGUAUGCUUAUGGCCAUUUGAAGCUGCAAGUCGUGGCUUUUAGUUUGUUUUUCUUUAACACGAUUGACAUUUGCUUGACCAAAUGGAGCUUACCUGUUAGUUAUGUACUUUUGACCUGCGUUACUGAUGCUUGUUGAGAUUGAGAUGAGGAAAGCUCCAAGAAUGUGUGUUGGUUGACAGGCUGUGGGUUUUUGUUUCUUUAGUCAAUGGAGUCGUAGAACCGUCUGUAGUUCCCAGACCUUAAAUUGAUUUGAGGAGUCCAAAUGUUGUAACAGAUGACUUCUAACCGAAAAUUUCUGUGGUAAAUCAAGUGCUUUCUCCAUUGGCACCGUCA